AGCUUGGUGGACUCUGGAGCAAAUGACAUGUUCUUGGACAAAAAAUGGGCUGAUGAAAACAACAUUCCCCUUAUCAAGCUUGGUCAACCUGUUGCUGUCCUUAAUGUCAAUGGCACUCCUAAUGUUGCUGGUAACAUCACACAUGUUGCCUCUCUUGUCAUGAACUACCAGGGACAUUGCAAGUCUGUCUGGGCACAGGUUACCAUCCUU